UCUAGCAUUCCCCAGGCUGGGCCCCUUCAGUUGCCUGGCACCAGACCAUCCGCCCCCAGUACUGGGGCCUUGAGGAAGUGUAAGCUGGAGGAGGAGAUGCCUUCAUAGUUUGCUGGCCGGUGGUUUGUGUCGGGCUUCCCGGUUCCUGGUGGGGUCUCGGCUCACCUGGGGGGACGCAGGCAGCAAACGCGGAGGAAGAUCACUGGGAAAAGGGCUAAAGGCCUGGAACUUCACUGCAAGGAUCCUCCAGUUCACAAAAGAGAAGCGUUAAAAAAAGGAGAAGCCCCGUGUUUCUGAUGCGCUGAAACAGCUGGUUGCACAACGCAACUGGGCAAGCCUUCUCCUCGUCUUGGAGGGCUGAGCAAGGCGAACCCAAGAACACACGAGCUGGAAUGCUUGUUGUGGGUCAGCUUUGCUCGGAAUCGGCGCAACGCAUCCGUGGUUGUCGCACUGAGCACAGCUGUCUUUUCCGGCCCUCCGUACCCCGGGUGUGCUUCUGCGGGGGAUUCUGCUGCUGGGUAAUCGCAGCCGCUGAGGCUGGUGAGAAUGCAGGAUGUUUGCUCUCCAACACAGAGGUGACCGGCCCUUGGCCUGCUCUUGGCUCCAAGGCCCGUCCUGCCCUGGAGAAAGUCGGUGAACGAGUUCCUGGAGUCCCUCGGCACGCCGCUGGAGAUUGUCGAUGGCUUCAUCGAGAGCAUCAGCGUCACCAUCCCCUGGUCCGCCUUGGUCACCGAGAACUGCACCGUGGAAGUGUGUGGCCUGCAGAUCACCUGCCAGCCAAAAUGCCACAGCGCCCCUGGCGUGGAGUCGCAGAGCUGGGCGUCGUGCGUGACCACAAGCAUGCAGCUGGCCCAGGAGUGCCUGAAGGAGCCGGCGGAAGAGCCGUCCGAGAGCCCCCAGCCCUUGGAGGGGCUGGAGAUGUUUGCCCAGACCAUCGAAACUGUUCUGCGGAGGAUCCAAGUGACGUUUCUGGACACUGUGAUACGCAUUGAGCAUCAGCCCCACGGCGGGCAGGAGAGCAUGGCGCUCGAGGUGCAUGUCAAAAGGCUGGACUACUGCGAUGAGGCGGUGAAGGACCCGGGGCAGGCGCUCUCGGUCGACAUCCACCAGCCUCCGCCGUUCGUGCACAAGACCCUUCGGAUGAGCGGCGUCCUGCUGCACUACGAGGAGUUCGUGGACGGCGGCGCCCGUGCGCCGUCCCCCGUCCCGCAGGCGGAUGCCGAGGCACCCGAUGCCGGAGCGAAGCAGCCCCUGCCCAGCACUUUGCUUCAGAUCGGCAGCUGCUCCGGCUACACGGAGAUGAGGAUCAAGCUCAAGCAGAACGAGGCCUUUCCUGGACCAAAGCUGGAGCUGGAUGGGAAGGUGGGGUCUCUGCACCUGCUGCUCACGCCGCGGCAGAUCCUCUGUUUGCUGGAUCUUCUCUCCUCCCUGAACCUCUCAGAAUCCGGCAUCCUGCAGGAGCAGCUGGGGAAGAGCCGCCCCCUCGACUCGGAGGACCUGAAGCUGAUCGAGCAGGACCUCAGCCACCAGCUGCACGCGGGGCUGGGCGCCCCCGCCCGCCCAGAGGGGGCCGAGCCCUGCAUCGGGGUGGAGAACGGAGAGAUGUUCUUCUCCAUGGCGCCCAUGAGCAGCAGCGUGUCGUCCGUGCGCUCCGUCAGCGAGCUCUCCGAGGCCGGCCUGGACUCCUCCACCCACAGCGACUUCAGCACCGGCCGCCUGCAGCCUCUGACCUUCGCACCAGGGCUGAUCCUAAGCAGUCCCCGGCGUUACGGACGGUCCCCCUUUGCGGCCACCCUGCCUUGCCUCGCCAAGUUACCGAGCAAGACCGGCUCUCCGCCGCCACCGCUGCCCUCUCUAGAGAGCCAGCGCCCCGAGGUGCUGCUGCGCGUGGCCAUCGGCGGGCUCACGCUGACGCUGCUGUACCAGCCCCCCGGCCCCGCGCCCCCCGACACCCCCCACCUCCUGCUGGCUCAGCGCUUCUUCUCCCAGCUCAGCGGCCUGAAGGACUCGGCCUUCGGGGGGCGGGACUUCCAGCCCCUGCGGCGGCGCUUCGAGGCGGCCUGUCCGCACAGCAACCUCAGGCUCACGGGGGCCGCCGUGCAGCUCAGCUGCGAGCACAGGGCCGCAGGGCAGCUCCGCCUGCUCAGCUGGGACUCCUCCUUCGGCCUGCUCGAGAUCCUGGAGUGCCUGUGGCCGGAGGGCUCCGGGCAGAGAGAGCCGGAGUACACCGAGUUGCUGGCCUUUGCCGCCCCCAGUGCCUUUCCCUGCAGCCAGUCGCCUCGCCCCUGUGCCCGUCUCCGCUGCAAGCAUUCGGAGAAGCGGCCGGCCUCCAAGAGCCGCCUCGCCAAGGCUGCCCCCAAGCAGGCGGUGGAGCUGGCGCUCGACCUGGCCGAGUUCCACUGCGACGUCGACCUGGCGACGGUGGACCGGCUUUGCGGCCUGCUGCGCUCCGCAGCCCCCCCUUCCUUGGCCAGGCCGCCCCCCGGGGGCCCCUGGGUAGAUUCUCCCCCUGCUGCCCCAUGGCACGCGAGCGUACAGCUGGCCGCCCCGAAGGCCACCCUGCGGCUGCAGUUCCCCAUCCCGGACCUGCGCCCCUGGACCGAGCGGCGGUCCUGGUCGGAGAAGGCGGUGCGCAGGGAGAGCCUGCGGCUGGACCUGGCCGCGGCCGAGGCCUGCCUGCAGCUUGGGCCGGAAGGCAUCUCCCAGCUGGAGGGCUCCUUCGGUGACCUGCACGGUGUCUACGAGGACGGGGAGAAGCUCUCGGUGCCCUGCUUCCGGGUUGGCAAAGCCCCCGAUCUGUCGGCCAAGGGGGCUGGCAAGAAAUACACCCUCCCCAAAAUCACGGUGAGCUUCCAGCCCCAGGCCGGCGAGGCCCCGUGGGAAGUGGCCCUGGCCAGGCCCGAGGAGAUGGAGCUCUCCAUGGCAGAGAGCCCCUGCCAGCUGAAGCGGCCGGAGCCGUCGCCCUUCUCGUCCAAGCGGACCAUGUACGAGACGGAGGAGAUGGUGAUCCCCGGAGAUCCCGAGGAGAUGGCGGAGUUCCAGGCCCAGACGCUGGGGGCCUCCCAGUACGCCGUGGAGGUGGCCUUCCCCACCGUGCACAUCUUCCUGCCCAGCAAGGAGUUCUACGAGAGCCUUUACAACAGGAUCAACAACGACCUCUUGAUGUGGGAGUCCUGCUUCCCGCCCCCCAGCUCCACUCAGCCCCCCGGUGGCACAGGGUCUGUGCCAAGCACUCGGGCCAGCGAAGGGCCCACUGCUUUCUGCUGGCAGGAGAACUUCAAGCUGUGCAAAUCAGCUUUCAAGCUGGAUUCCGACUCCGAGGAUGAGGAUUCCCACUUCUACUCGGUGGAUGAGGCGGCCGCACAGCAGAGGAAGGGGGAGCCGAAGAGCCACUUCCCCCAGAGCUGCGUCUCAGUCGUGCUCCGUGUGGGGAAAGGCCGGGUCACAGCGCUGUGCGAGGCCAAGGGCGAGGGGGGCAGGAAGCUGGAGGGCUCCCACGGGGAGCUGGUCCUGGACAUGGAGAGCGGCAGCCUCUUCAGCGUCACGCGGUACAAGGGCCGCGAGGACCUCGGGUACUUCUGCGUUGAGGCCGAGAAGGUCGCACUUUAUCACAAAGCCGUGGUGGAAGACUACCUCGUGGCGGAGCACCUGGAAAUCCCCAGCUUCUUGCCCCCCAGUGGCCUGCACCCCACCAUCUACGCCUCCCAGGAGGGGGCCAUCAGCUGGCCCGUGGGGGCCAGGAAGGAGGGGACCCCCAAGAUGCUCUCCCUGGCGAUUCAGAUCAAGCUGGAUCUGGAGAAGAACAUAAAGGAGUUCCUGGUGACGCUGCGGCUGGAAGGCGCCACGCUGCGCCAUCACAUGGCGCUGACCCACCAGAGCUGGUACACGCAGAUGAUCGACUUCCUCGAUGUCCUGGACGACCCGGUCCUGGGCUUCGCGCCCCCCACCAUCAUCACGGUGCUGCACACCCACCUGUUCAGCUGCGCCGUGGAUUACAGGCCUCUCUAUUUGCCAGUCCGAGUGCUCAUCACAGCCGAGACCUUCACGCUCUCGAGCAACAUCGUUGUGGACACCUCGGUCUUCCUCCUCCGGUUCAUCCUGGACGACUCGGCCCUCUACCUCUCCAACAAAUGUGACGUGGAGACGGGCGACCUGAGGAAAGAUUACGUUUGCGUGCUGGACGUGGACCUCCUGGAGCUGGCGAUCACCACGUGGAAAGGGGCCACGACCGGGAAGCUGGCCCGGCCGCUCUUCGAGCUGCGCUGCUCCAACAACGUGCUGCACGUGCACACCUGCCCCGACUCGUGCGCCGCGCUGGCCAACCUCAUCCAGUACGUGGUGAACCACGGCGACCUGCGCCCGCCGCCCCGGCACGACAGCCCCACGGAGAUCGCCGGCCAGAAGGUGCAGUUGUCCGAGAGUCCCGCGUCCCUGCCCUCGUGCCCCCCUGCCGAGACCGCCGCCAUCAACCAGCGCGACCUCACCGACGCCCUCAUGGACACCGAGCGCAGCCUCCGGGAACUGGCCGGUGAGCCGGGUGACGCGGGGCUCCGGCAGCAGCCCUCCCCGGUCUCCGUGUAUCUCUUCCCGGGGGAGAACGGAGCCGCCGGCAGGGGGCGAGGCCCCGUCCCCCCGCCCUCCUCUGCCGGGGAGGGGCUGGACUUCAGCCCCUCGGGGGACAGCGAGGGCGAAGCCACGGAGGACUUCUGCAUCCUGGACGCGCCGGGCACGGGCAUCCCGCCCCGGGACGGCGAGCCCGUCGUGACGAAGCUCUUGGAAGGGCCUGUCCGGGUGCAGGAGGGGCAUUUCUCCCGCCCGCUGGGCAGCACAGACUUGCUGAAGGCGCCCCCGCACUUCCCGGUGCCCAAGAGCCGGAUCCUGAUGCGGGACAUCUCCGUGGUAUGGCAUCUGUAUGGAGGCCGUGACUUUGGGCCUGGCCGCUCGGCCUCCGCGCAUUCUCCCAGGACGAAGCCGCCCCUUGCCAGCGCCCGCUCGUCCCCGUCCCGCUCUGCAGUCACCAACCGGCCCCAGAACACCUGGCGGGCCCAGGGGGGGGCCAGCCGCAUCCACGACUUGCUGAUGGAGAUCCAGCUGACCAAGGUGAGCUUCCAGCACGAGGCCUACGCCAGCUGCCCCCCCGAGAAGCCUGCGACGGAGCUGGAGGAGCAGCCCCUGGCCAGGCAGGUGUUCCUCGUCCAGGAGCUGGAGAUCCGGGACCGCCUGGCCUCCUCGCAGAUCAACAAGUUCCUCUAUCUGUACAGCAGCGAAGGCAUGCCGCGGCGCGCCCACUCCAACAUGCUCACCAUCAAAGCCCUCCACGUCUGCCCCGAGGCCGGCCUGGGCGGCCCCGAAUGCUGCCUCCGCGUCUCGCUGAUGCCGCUGCGGCUCAACAUUGACCAGGACGCCUUGUUCUUCCUGAAGGACUUCUUCACCAAUGUGGCCGCCAACAUCAAUCCCGUGGUGCCCAUGGAAGCUGGAUCUGAGGGCCGCACAGAGUCCCCCGGGAAGGAGCCCGAGGGAGCCGAGGGCGAGAUGACGGCCUCGAUGGAGACCAGCGCCAGCGAGAACAGCUCUCUCUCCAACGCCUCGUCCUCCGACCAGCCCAUCUACUUCCGGGAGUUCCGGUUCACCUCCGAAGUGCCCAUCUGGCUGGACUACCACGGCAAGCACGUGACGGUCGACCAGGUGGGCACCUUCGCCGGCAUCCUGAUUGGCCUGGCCCAGCUCAACUGCUCCGAGCUCAAGCUGAAGCAACUUUGCUGCCGCCACGGGCUGCUGGGCGUGGAGAAGGUGGUGAGCUAUGCCCUGAACGAGUGGCUGACCGACAUCCGCAAGAACCAGCUGCCGGGCAUCCUGGGCGGCGUGGGGCCCAUGCACUCGGUCGUGCAGCUCUUCCACGGGCUGCGUGACCUCUUCUGGCUGCCGAUCGAGCAGUACCGCAAGGACGGGCGCAUCAUCCGGGGCCUGCAGCGCGGCGCGGCCUCCUUCGGCACCUCCACCGCCUCCGCCGCCCUGGAGCUCAGCAACCGCCUGGUGCAGGCCAUCCAGGCCACGGCCGAGACGGUCUACGACAUCCUGUCCCCUGCGGCCCCCCCGCUGCCGCGCACCCUCCUGGACCGGAAGCACAGCCGCAGGCUGAGGAGGGGGCACCAGCCGGCCGACCUGCGGGAGGGGGUGGCCAAGGCCUACGACACGGUGCGCGAGGGCGUCAUCGACACGGCCCAGGCCAUCUGCGACGUGGCGGCCCGCGGCCACGAGCAGAAGGGCAUCACGGGGGCGGUCGGAGGGGUCCUGCGGCAGAUCCCGCCCACCGUGGUCAAGCCCCUCAUCGUCGCCUCGGAGGCCACCUCCAACCUGCUGGGCGGCAUGCGCAACCAGAUCAAGCCGGACGCGCGCAAGGAGGAGGCGCUGAAGUGGCGGUCGGAGGAGGCGCAGGAGUGAGGCGCCCGGCCGGCACCCGGGCCGACCCUCGGCCCGACGUCGCGUGGACAGCGGGAGGGCGCUUGGCCUGCCUGGCGGUGUGAGGCCCCGCCGAGACGCCGAGCACCCACAUCCCCGGAGGGGCCCCCCAAUGGCACAAGGCGCCCUUUGCGGGAGUGGUCGCCCCAGCCUCGCCUCGCCUCGCCUCGCCUUCAUUUUCGCACUUUCGCAGACUGCCCCUCCGCCGAGUGCUCGGUGCGUGGGCCGCACGCGCCUCCCUCCGUGAAGCGCUGCCGGGGGCACGGCGGGGGCCUGGAGGGACGAGAAAGUGGCUGAGUAUUAAAGGACUUGGCUUGUUUCCA